AUGGGACAAUCUAGAAGGAAACAACCCCUUUCUGCUUUUGAAGGAGAAUUACAAGCCUUAUUUAUGGCUAUGCAACACUGCUGGAGUAAAGGAUACACGAGGACUAUAUUUGAAGGAGGUUAUCAGAAAGUUAUGGAUGUUAUUGCUGGAAAGAAGUCAAAUUUUAAUGGGUGUAAAGAGAAUCGAACACAGCAGCGGAUAUCUUAUCAAAAUCUCGUAUUCCAAAAGGAAACAGUUUUCAUUUUCAUAAUAAGUUACCUUUAUGCAUUCAUGAUGUAUAUCAUCACGACAACGUAUUCUUGUCUACUGGAUGAUGCAAAAGCAUUAGGAGCGUCAAGAGUGGUAUUAGGUUGUGUUGAUGAUAAAUGCACUUCCAGAUUGUGUGCAACAGUUCUCCCUCAUUUCGAUUUCUUUGUGGUGAAAGAGUAUGCUAAUGAACACACUUGUGAUAUAGUGCAUAGAAUCGCCAACCAUAGGAUGACACAUGGUGUACAAAUCAAGUACAAGAAGGCUAUUAAGACUAUAAGACUUACCUUUACCACCUGGUUGCACGAGCGAAGAGAAAAGGUUGCUAGGCUUGAGAAUAGUGGAAGGCCUCCCAAGAACAAGAAGAGUGCUGCUGGAGAAUUUGGGAUGCCUAUAGCUCAAAGUCUCAAAGACACAAGUGCAGAAGAUGUGGCACAAGAAAACAUAACAAGAGCAUAUGCAGGAAUAAAAUAUGUUAAACUUGGAUUCUGGUAG